CCGGCCCGGUUUUCUCCCCCACUACAUUACUCUCACUCGCUCCAUUCCCAUUCAGGACCACCAGUCUUCUUCUUCUUCACAAAAACCAUUCUCUCCCAUUCCAUCUUCUCCGACGACCUCCUUGUCGGAAGAUGAAUUUUCCGAUCAACCUCCCCUUCAGAUCCGGACUUGCUGUUUCUUUCUCCGAUCAUCGUCGUCAUGUUUUUCACGAAAAAUCUCUGAGAUAAACCCCCUCUCCUUUUUCCUUUCCUUAUUCUGUACUCCAGCAUUUUCCCGGAGGUAUUUUCUCUUUCGGUCUUUGUAUAUAUAUUUUUUCGGUGGUUUUUUACUUUCGAUCGCUGCACGGAUAUUCUGAGCGUGGAGUAGCUGACAUUGAAUCCGGAGCUGUUUGGUUUUUUUUUUUUUUUUUUUCGUGUUCUGAAUGGGACUGGGAGGUUCUGAUUGUACAUGCAAGUAUCUGGAGUUCAUUUCUCCGAUUUUUCUCCGUGAUUUAGCUUCUGAGAGUCGUGAAUUUCAAUGCCAGACCGUGUUUGUCAUUAGUCUCUGGAAAUUGAGCUGCACAGAGGAGAGUUUCAGGAGGCGUAGUUAGGGAGUUUCACCGGAGCAAAUCUGUACUGUCCUUUUUUUUUUCUUUAACCCUUUUGUUCGUUUCUUCUCGGUCAUGCCUUUUCCGAUGAAGAUCCAACCGAUUGAUAUCGAUGUUCAGACGGUGAGAGAACAGGUUCGUACUGAGUCGGCCAAGCCUGUGUUCAAAUCGCGACUGAGGCGACUUUUUGAUCGGCCAUUCCCGAGCGUUCUGAGAAUUGCUGCGGUUGAAAAGCCGAUUAUUGUCGGAGAACCAGCUCAGUUUAGCAGCAAAGAUGGAGGAGGAGGGACAGAGUUGGAGCCAAGCUCGGUUUGCUUGGAUAAGAUGGUACAAAAUUUCAUUGAGGAGAACAACGAAAAGCAACCGGCAACCGUGAAGUAUGGUCGCAAUCGCUGCAAUUGCUUCAACGGCAAUAGCAAUGAUAGCUCCGACGACGAAUUCGAUGUAUUUGGGGGUUUUGGGGAAUCGAUCACCUCCGGAUCAUCAGGUGGCGAUGCAUGUGAUAUACUCAAGGGUUUAAUUCCUUGCACGAGCGUUACGGAGAGAAAUCUCUUGGCGGACGCUUCGAAAAUUGUCGAAAAGCAUAACAAAAUUCACAAACGUAAAGACGAUCUACGCAGAAUCGUAACCGAUGCUCUCUCAUCUCUCGGCUACAAUUCUUCCAUCUGCAAAUCAAAAUGGGAGAAAUCCCCUUCUUUCCCAGCUGGUGAAUACGAAUACGUGGAUGUGAUUCUGGAUGGAGAACGAUUGCUUGUUGACAUUGAUUUUAGGUCGGAAUUCGAGAUUGCUCGUUCCACAGGAACAUAUAAGGCCAUCCUUCAGACGCUGCCAUACGUCUUCGUCGGAAAAUCGGAUCGUCUCGGACAAAUUGUAUCCAUCGUAUCGGAUGCUGCAAGACAGAGCCUGAAGAAGAAAGGAAUGCACUUUCCGCCAUGGAGGAAAGCUGAGUACAUGCUUGCCAAAUGGCUUUCUUCUCCAACCAGAACCGCCGACUCUCUCCCGACCGCUGCUCCAAAGGCCGAACCCGAAGAAACCAAACCCCCAAUCCAAAACGACCCGCUGGUAACCGACACCGAUUGCGGUGAAUUCGAGUUGAUAUUCGGCGAGGAAUCAACCCCGAGCGUGUCCAUCUCCGGCGAUUCUGAAUCGCCGUCCGGUGAAAAUAAACCGCCGACGGGGACUGCUCCCCCGUGGCAACCUCCUGCGAUCAAGCCAAAGAGCAUAGAUAAAGGAGCUAAGAUAGUCACCGGAUUAGCUUCCCUUCUCAAAGAGAAAUCUUGAGAGAGAAAAAAAAAAGUUUUGGAU